UGAGGUGCGUGCUCGCAGAGAUCCCAUUGCAGGGACUUGCCUGGGAAGCCCAUCGGCUCGUGGGGCCUUGCGAAGCUCCCAAAAAGCUCCAUGGGGCAGGCGGGCGACGAGGAGCGGCUGUGGUGGUGGAAGCUGUGCUCCGACCGGAAAGCUGAGGAGGAUUUCAAGUUCAUCCACUCCAGAGCAGUGCUGGCACAGCCAGCAGCAUCGAGCUGGGCAGCCCCAGACCCCCAGAACACUCUCGGGAUGGAGCCCCCCAGCCUGAAGCAGGAAGAGGAGAAGGUUUUGGUGUCGGAGCACAGCUGGCAGCCCUGCCCCAAAGCCCGUAGGAGGCUGCAAGGGUGUCUGGAGGUGGUGAAGGGGCUGCUCUUCCGUGUGGGCGAGGACUGGUAUUUCCUCUUUGUCCUGGGGGUCCUCAUGGCCACCAUCAGCUUCAUGAUGGACCUCAUCAUCUUCAGGCUCUAUGAGGCCCACCGGUGGCUGUACCAAGAAGUUGGUGAUUAUUUGGUGCUCAAGUACCUCUCAUGGACCAUCUACCCUGUGGCCCUGACAGCCUUCUCCACCGGCUUUGCCAACAGCAUCACACCACAUUCGGGAGGCUCUGGCAUUCCUGAGCUCAAGACCAUCCUGAGUGGCGUGGAGCUGGAAGAAUACUUGGCCAUCAAAAAUUUCGGGGCCAAGGUGGUGGGGCUGACCUGCACCCUUUCUGCUGGCAGCACCGUGUUCCUUGGCAAAUUGGGUCCCUUUGUUCACCUCUCCUCCAUGGUUGCAGCUUAUCUGGGGAAGAUGCGGACCUCAGUGAUAAGGGAGUAUGAGGACAAAUUCAAGCAGAAUGAGAUGCUGGUGGCUGCUCAGGCUGUUGGUGUGGCCACUGUUUUUGGGGCUCCCAUCAGUGGGGUGCUGUUCAGCAUCGAGGUUAUGUCAUCCCACUUUGCUGUGCGGGAUUACUGGCGUGGGUUUUUUGCUGCUACUUGUGGUGCCUUCAUGUUUCGCCUCCUCGCCGUCUUCAACAGCGAGCAAGGCAAGACAGGGCAGGGCAGGGAGCAGCUCUGCAGCGUCCUUUGUCCCCCCCUAAAAAUCCAUGUACCCCUUCCUUCCUCCUCAGAAACCAUCGCUGCUCUUUUUAAAAGCGACCUCAAGAUUGAUUUCCCUUUUGACCUGCCAGAGACUUUCUUCUUCGUGAUUUUGGGGGCCAUCUGUGGAGCCAUCGCCUGUGCCUACCUCUUCUGCCAGCGCUGGCUGCUGGCAGCUGUCAAAGAGAACCGGCUGACAGGCAGGCUGCUGGCCACCGACAAGCCCCUGUACACAGCGCUGGUGGUGCUGCUGCUGGCGUCCAUCACCUUCCCUCCAGGCCUGGGCCAGCUGAUGGCCUCCAGGCUGUCCAUGAAGGAACACCUCAUAUCACUCUUCGACAACCGCUCCUGGUUUGUGCUGGCCCAGAACGUUUCCAUGGCUGCCCCCCAGCUGGGGGACCCACGGGGGCUGUGGCAGGAGUGGUGCCACCCUUCAGCCACCAUCUUCGGUACUUUGGUCUUCUUCCUGCUGAUGAAGUUCUGGAUGCUGACCCUGGCCACCACCUUGCCCAUGCCUGCUGGGUACUUCAUGCCUGUCUUUGUCUAUGGAGCAGCCAUCGGGCGGUUACAUGGGGAGGUGUUGGCCCUGCUCUUCCCCCAUGGCAUCCGCACGGAGGGCACGGCGUACCCCAUUGUCCCCAGUGGAUAUGCACUGGCUGGCGCUGCUGCUUUCUCGGGUGCCGUCACCUACUCUGUCUCCACUGCCCUGCUGGUGUGUGAGGCCACUGGCCACAUGGCCCACGUGCUGCCUGUCGUGCUGGCUGUGCUGGUGGCCAACGCCAUCGCCCAGAAGUGGCAGCCCUCCUUCUAUGAUGGCACCAUCAUUGUCAAGAAGCUGCCCUACCUGCCUCGCAUCCGCAGCCGGCACAUAGCCUCCUACCGCGUGGUGGUGAAAGAGUUCAUGGAGCAGCAGGUGGUGGCUGUGACCAAGAGUGAUGGCUUUGAGGAGGUGCUGGCAGCCCUCAAUGCCACCACUGAUAAAGAAUACCCAGUGGUGGAGAGCAAAGGGUCACCCACACUGGUGGGCACCAUCAGUCGUGCCAAACUGGUGGCCUUCCUGCAAAGCCACGAGCACCCACAGGCACCCCCAGGGCCGCUGCAGGAGAAGCCAGCCUCCACUGGGACACUUGGGGAGGACUGUGCCAUUGAGCCCAUUGUACUGCAGCUGUCACCGUGGACCUCACUGCACCAGGCACAUCAUCUCUUCGAGCUGCUGAAGCUGCAGUGUAUCUUUGUCACCCACUAUGGGGAGCUGGUGGGAGCUGUCACACGCACCGAGCUGCGGAGAGCCAUAGAGGAGCUGGCCAAGGACGCGUGAGCCCCCAUCCUGCUGCUGUGUUAAUUAAAUGGCUUUUGGGGUCAUAUGGUUAAUUUCAGGAGCUGUCUGGAGUGCAGAGCAUCUAAUCCUAUUGCUACUGCGUCCUUUGUUUCGGGGGUCGCUCUGCAAAGCAGGGUGUAGCAUUUCAGGGUGCAGCUGAUGCUAAUGAAGGCGGUGCAAUUAAUCCUGGGCAUGCCCAAACCCAGCCGCAGGAGGGGUAAAACGAGGUCAGCGCCAGGGGAACACCCAAAAAAUGGGGCUGGAGCUGGGCAUGGCAGCGCCAGGGGGGUGCGGGGGAUGGCUCUGUGGGGCUGGGGCCAGGCAACACCCAUGAGAGGAAGACACCAUGGUAGGGGUGAGAACAGAGUGAUGGGUGUACAGAGGACUGUAGUGAUGGAUCCACACCAUCCACAUCACCUGGGAAAGGUGCUGAGUAGACACGGGGACCACAGCACCCAUAGACCCCAUGGAGAUUGCUGCUCAGUGGGUUGGGGGCAAGCAGAAGACGAUGGGAGCACAGCCCCCAUAGAGAUGAAGGUGUGCAGCAGCCCCAGGGCAACCCCUGCCCCACGCAUCACCCUGCCAGCUCCUGCAGGGAUUGGGAGUUUCACCGAAACUCCACACAGGGAGGGGAAACCGAGGCACGGCGGCACCCGGGCACGGGGCGUGGUGAUGUGCUGCAGGGCCAAGUGCCAAAAAAAAAAAGAGGAAAAAAAAAAAAAAAAAGGGCAAAAAGCACCAAAGAAAGCAUUCUGCAGAAGCUUCACAACCGCACACCCCUCGCUGCGGGUUUGAGGUUAAAAGAAAAAAAAUCAUGAUAAUAAAUGCUUUUUCCGGUGUUUUUCCCACCCGGUUAUUUGCAGGCACCACGCAGCCAUCCCUGCUGGUGUUUGGCAAAGUAACCCUGAAUUCCUCGUGGGUUUGGGGAGGGAGAAGGGAAAUGUGCACAAAUGCUUGAGAAAUGCUGAAAAACCUUAAAGCCUCCUUAAAAUAAACAAAGAAUAGAGGUUCCCCCCUAUACUGGCUCUAAAAUCCCACUCCAACUCAACACUGAUGGACGCUGGGGUAGAAAAAGAGCACAAAAGUUUUAUUCAAAUCCAACUCACUGUCGUGAAAAUCAUGAAAACCUCAUAAAAUCCAUUUAAAAAAAAGGGGGGGGGAAAAACCCAAAACCUGCCCCCUCGCCCCCCUUUUAUUUUUUCCUCUCCCUUCUCUCCUUUUACCUCUCCGAAAUCUGAGACCUUUUUGAUUUCUCUCAAUAAAUAUACAAAAAUAUAAUAAAUUAGAAAAACAACAAUACCACUGACAAAAAAAAAAA